AUCAAAGACCGUCAUCAUCCUCAUCAUCAUCAAAGAUCAUCCUCAUCACCGGUGUGUGUGUAGGCGGUGCGCGUCCAGCGUCGGGAGCUGCUGGCGCCGGCCUCUGGCAGGACUGCUGAGGAGCGGCGCAGGCGGCGUCCAGCGACGACGACUCCUCGUCCACGACUCGACCGCGGUCCGAGGACGAGGAGAUGGCCACCGAAGGGGACCAGCCGAUUACCAAGGCCGCAGAGAACACCACGGCGAUGACCGAGACGACCGUGGCCCAAAUUGAGGCGAGCGCCGUCCCGGACGUCACUUCCGGGCCGCUUGACGCAACCGCAGACGGAAAGCCGGAAGUUCCUUCCGCGAAACUACCGCCACAAGGCACGGCCGCCGACCCUCCGGAAGAGCAGAAACAGCAGAAGCGACCGAGAGAAGAUAUACAGCCGGAGCACUACUACAUGGUCCUGCUGGAAGACGUGCUCUCCGCGGACCAGGGACGCCGGGGACGGGACGGCGGCGGCCGCGCCGCCGAACCUGGUGGCAGCGGUGGCGGCUACGACAGAGCGGGGCGCCACCUCGCGGAGCCGCUCGACGCCACGAUGGACGACGACGACGACGUGCUGUGCGGCGAGCGCUGCGCCCCGCUCAACCGCGUGUUCGGACUGCCGCUGCUCGGGCUCGCGUUCGUCACCAUCGUGUUGCCGGUCACCGUGCACCGGUUCUCCUCGGGGCAGAACGCGACGCAGCAGCCGCAGCUACACGGGACGUCGGGCAGACUGUAUCCAACGAUAAGGCCCGGUCAGUUCAACUACCUCGCGGACAGGAUGCUUCGGGCUUCCGCGACGACUGCCAAGCAGGCAGCACCGUGGCAAGCACGCAACAACUCCGCCGGGAUUGGCCGCGUCAUGCUUGAUUGGCAGCGACUGCUUGGGACCAAGUGGAAAACGGAUACGAAGCCGCCCACCUCGGCGCCCCCUUCUGUGACGUCGACAACGGGGCAGAACUCGGCGCCGCGAGAGAGUCCCCGACCCCAGAGCGCCUCCAACAGUGCCUAUGGUGCGCAGCCGCCUUCGAGAGGCGUCGACAAAAAAUUAGACGGAAGUGGUCUUCCGCACUGGGAGCCGCCAAUGAUUGGGCCCCAAAAUUUCCUAGGCGGAACCAGAAGGUUCUUCGAGAAGAGGACGACGCUGCCGACAACGCUUCGCGACAGCAGCGCCGGCGGCGGCGAAAACCCACACGAAGCCCACGCCGAAGACGAUGGAAGAAGAAGAAGCGGCGAAGACCAAGGUCUUCCCUACGGCAGCGGACCCAAGGGAAACGGCACGCCGAAAGGCGGCGCUCCAGGUGGCGCCACGGGCGAGCCAGUGCCCCCGCUGAGCGGCUCGCAGCUGUGGUGCGUCUACCAGCCGCCAGGAGUCCACGACGCGGCCGUCGUGGACGACGACGAGUACCAGCUGGAUGACGUGCCGGUAUCCCUCUGUACGGCCGUCGUCUACUGCUGCCUAGACGUGUGGAAGCACGGCGUGCGAACAUACCAGGCCCCGACGGCGCGGCCUCGAGACACUAAAUAUGGCAGAUGGGACGGCACGCAUCCCGAGGAGGAGUACAAACACGAUGGAGACGGCGGACCGCAGGGCAUCUACCACUUCUCGGGAUUACGAACUGCCCGUGGAGCUCCGCCCACGCUGAGGCUGUACGCCAUGUUGGGAGGACGCGACCAGACGACGUUCAGCUUCACGCGCAAGAUGGCCGCCGGUUCGUCCGGAGACGAAGCGCUCUCUGACGAUCAAGACGCCUCUGGUGGCCGCCGCCGGCAGCUUAACAGACGCGAGAACACCGUCGGCUCCGAAAAAGCCAGAGGUGCCCUCUGGAACACGGCUCAGAGCCGUCCCAUAAAUUACACGGUCCUGGACAAGACCGUUGAUCUGAGUGCAAGAUGGCUUCGGCGCAUGCGUCUGGACGGAUUCGUCUUCAAUUACAGGUCGGACCCGCAUUACCCGCGCGCGGACCCGCUCUACCUCCUCUACUUCCGCGCCUUCCACGAGCGCUUGGGCGAACACAAGCUCCACGCCACCCUGGUGUUGCCGGACGCCCUGACGUCGACCGGAAACGGAAGUACGGACCGAAAGCGGCGCGCCGGAGCCACGUCGGUGGCCCGGCUCGUGGCCACGGGCUACACGCCGCUCGUGCUGCCCACCCACGACCUGGUGCCCCAGGACCGGGAACUGAACGGCGACGAGCACGGCCGGAACCACGGUUCCGACGACGCUGCACCGGCCGCGGGGCAAGAACAACACGACGAGCCCAUUCUGCCGCCCCCGGUGUCCGGGCUUUCGCCGUACGGCGUGAACGGCACCUGCAGCCGCGACGUGUCCCGCGCCGUACUCGAGCGAAGACCCGACGCUCCUGACGCAGGAGAGGUUGCUCACCGGGCGCUACGGCAAGCUGACCGUGAACAUGAAGCUAAACACGCUGGUCACGGUGUCCUUCAAGGCGGACCACUACAGGCUACGGAGCACGAAGCGCUACAAGGAGCUCACGCCAGCGUACAAGGCGAGAGCGCAAUAUACGACACUUCCGAGUUUGUCUGUUUUUUGUUUUUUUUUUUUCAAAGGCCAUGCAUAUCUUGUAACGAUCCAAUUCAGUUUCACUUCCCUACGCACUGUCUCACUGUAUUCGACGACGACGCCGUACUAUCACCUGGAUCUGCAACUCGGCGCGACGGGUGAUAAAAACGAAAAAAAAAAAAAUCUGAAUCGUUACAAAAUACGGCUGCCGGUUCACCUUAACGCGAGUUAGUACAGUAAUUGUAACGAUCCAUUUCAUUUUUCAUAUUUUACCUGGCACACCUAGCGCCGAGUGGCCAAUUCAGGCAAUAACGGCGGCGAGGCGGCGUCCGAGUCAAUAGGGAGCUUUAGUUGUCCGGUAUUCCGGUAAGCGCCAGCGCACUGGGCGUUUUACCGGAUGAGCGGAGGCGCAAACGUGAACAGCCUCCACGGUGCCCCCACCUGGUGGCACAGAGCCCAAUGAGGCAUACACGGAGCUAAUAUCUCAGUAACCAAGCGUAGUAUUUUACUUCGCUGCUGGUGUAAGUUUUGGGCAGCGGCGUAAUUCGCUUGCGUUUACCGGAAUACCGGACACACUAAAACUCUCUAAUGUGGGACACGAAUAGGCAGAGCAUCGAACUAUCGUGCUGGGGGAGCCUGGUUUCAAUCCCAGCACCAGGUCGCUUUUUUUUUUUUUUUGUCUUCCGAGGAGACCUAGAACGAGGCGAGGCAUGCAGUAACGUACCCAUACCUAUCUGCCGACCACAAAGUGUCUCCUGCGAGGCAAAGAAUUGUUCGCAUUAAAUAGAAUAGGCAGACGAAUGAAGGGAAGCGUACAAAGACACGUUGACCGCUGCACUGCACGUACCCUGCACUCACGUCAGCUACUUUUUGCACACUGCCAAGAUUCAUACGACAAACGAAUUCACUGUAUCCGAUGAAGCUGCUGCUGUUCCGUGUCCGAAGCACGCAGCAGACAUUCCAACACAUGCACACAUAUUCCUUCACGCACACUAACAGCACAGUCCGAAACACAACUCCGUUCGACGAACGUCACGGCGAAAGCUUGCCGGGUACUGUAUUCAACAAAAAAAAAGGGGAGGGGGGGAAACGCGAUCCAGAUUCAACGCAUGUUUACAAAUAUAUGGGAAACGACGUAUUCGAACAGCGAUUAUUUAAAUUCUAUAUACAGUUAAAUACGAUACGUACAACUAUCCUUAUUUCCUUCCAACGCAACAUGUAAUCUCGUACAAUAUGUAUGCUUGUCUAUCCAAUGCAUGUGUUUAUAAUGUUCGUAGGAGCAAAUUCCAGCCAAUACUGAUGCCGGGCGUGUUAGCGAUGGUGGCCAUGCCAGUGGCAAAGAGCAGUUGCGAACAAAACAAAUAUUUCGUGAAUUCUGCCCCACUGGCCGAUGUUCCCAAAAUUUCUCCUACGUAAGAGAAUUUCCUCAAUGUCUAGCGUACGUUCCAACGCCCGCGCCGCCAUUCACGAUAUAGCGAUCGGUGUGAUAAACGAGACUAUCGCUGCAACAAUGGCCAAUCGGGGAAGGCACAUAGAAAGAAACAUUACCAGCACCCAGCGAUAGAAUUUACAAAGCUCUUCGUUAGUAACUGCUCUUUGCUGCUGGCCGGCCCCCUUGGUAUAACAUAUUCAAACCUAAAUUUAACAACACCGCAUUUUUUAGAAAAUAUUCAAUUCAACGAAGUGCUUUCGAUUGCCCGACUUAUAGUAACACGGAGCAUUAUGUACUCAAAACUUCGAAGCAACGAACCGAACUCAACUUCACACCCGAUUUAACGAAGUCUUGAGGGAAACGAUGCGCAGAGUAUGGAGGUUUAGCUUCUCCGUAAACUCAUAUGCGUUUGGAAAUCUUUUUGCCAAGUGAGCUUUCUCCUCGAAGGAAAGUCCUAAAAGUACUGCAAGUUAACGAUUACCUCCCUACCAAACUUUACAAAAGCAUGUAGAAUUACAAUAUAGUAGAUCACUGCAGCAUCAGCUUUCCGUGCUCUCUGGUUCAAGUACGGGUCGCGAGAUGUCCCUACAAGCGUAGUUGCGGCCGUACACGUCUCCGGUACCCCGGUAAGAGUGUGUAUAGCGUUACACAUUUUAUGUGAAUGGCGGGCAUAUAUUGCUUUUUUUUUUUUCCUCAAUGCGCCAUUAUUCAUCCACUCCGAACGGCCAGUACCUUUCACGGUAGCGAAGCAAUGUCAAUCCACUUACCUGCUGUCCACGGCCGCUUGUCCUCUCUCCCUCUGUCUACCCACCCUCUCUCUUUUCGCAGCCUUCACUACUCUUACAUACAUAUGGCGUAUACAUUACACAUGCAGCCACGGCAGCGCCGCGCGGCGGCCAGAUCCUUCGUUAAGAGCCCGAGAUUACGACACUGCCACUAAAUUGCGGUGCCGACGGCUAUAUACGCAGACCCACACGCAACUCAUUCCACCAACCUCUUAGCGUACUGCAGGGCGCGCGUUUAACGUGUUUCGCGGUUUCUUGGAGAGCGAGAGAAAGGCUUAGAGAUUUAAAGGUAAAGUAUAAAUAGGAAUAUUUACGUAAAGGAGCACCGACCUAUAUUUUCCGAAAUUGUAGAAUCUCUUAACCACACGCUUUUUUUUUUUUUUUUUUUUGCACGUAAAAGGAUGGCACUUCGCGAAUAUGAAGGUCGGGAAACACUUAGGUAUAUACGAUGAUCAUGAUGAUACGUGGGAGUUUAUGGCGUAAGGGCAAAUGAUGGUCGAAGAGCGACAAAACACCUGUAACAUAAUUUAAUUUAUUAAAGUGGGUCUCACGCCGUACACGAAGUCAAACAUAACGGCGACGUCAGUGCUCUUGCCAGCGAGCUUUGAUGAUUUCACGCAGGAAGAGGGUUAGGGAUGAUGAUAUUCUUCAUAAAAAAAAAAGGUUGAUGAUAAGAGUGCUGCGCGCGUUUAAUCUGGUUUGUGAUAAUUUGGAAAGGAUCGAGUCAAGUACAUCAUGACGUCAUCACGCAUCCACAUCCGGGGUACUGAUGACGAAGCCGGCGCUUAAAAACAAGUGCUACAUUGUACUAAAUUAUUUAGGCCGCUCUAACGCCCCUACCAGUAUUUCCUUUUUUUUUCACUCUCUCUUUAUUUUAGAGGUUUUGGACCUUCGUUAAACGCAAAAAAAAAAAAAAAAGAGGUUGACAAAUGGAAACUUUCGUGUCAGCCAUAUACAUGUAUACUCUCAUUCGAAGCUUGCCUUCUCGAGUUUCUUGCGGACCGCACAGGAGCGAUAGACUUGACCUUGAUUGGCACACGCGCCCUUGACGACGAGAUGGCGUGGCACGCCGGCGGCUAUAUUCGCCGCAGCAGCUACUGCGUUAGUAGACAAGCCGCUACAGGGAGUAGUCGUAUACUGCGGGCACGCGCCGCCGGCGCGCGCUUUGCUUUCGUCUCUCGAGGUUGGCGCGCAGCCCUCGCCCAAAGACAGAACGGCGUAUACGAAAUGCGUAUCUAUAGUUCCUGCCUCGAAAGUUCCCACAACUCCUCUCGCAUCGGAAGCUGAUUCCCCAGAUGCAGUUUUUCUAACGAACUAGCUGUAGUAGCUCGUUUAGUUUGGUUUGGUCGGGUGCGAUAAGUUUGUUUACGUGCAACAGUGCAUCGUUAGGUUAGGUUAGGUUAGGUUAGGCUAAGCUAGGCUAGGUUAGGUGCACUGGUGCAUCAUUGGACUAGAUUAGGUGAAAUAUUGCAUCAUUAGGUUAGAUUACACCUUCGGCGCAACAGUGCAUCAUUAAGUUAGGUUAGGUAUAUAGUAGCUUCUUUAGUUUGGUUUCGCUUGGUUAGGUGCAACAGGUUAGUUUAGGUGCAGCAGUGCAUCGUUAGGUUAGGUUAUGCUAGGCUAGGCUAGGUUAGGUGCAAUAGUGCAUCAUUAGGUUAGAUUACACCUUCGGCGCAACAGUGCAUCAUUUAGUUAGGUUAGGUGCGAUAUUGCAUCAUUAAGUUAGGUUAGAUUAAGUACAACGGUGCAUCACUUAAAGGGCUCGAAGAACAAGGGUUCGGACAGCGUUCUCCGACUGCCUCUCCCCGCGCCCCCUCCACUUUCCUCCUCCUCCUUUCGCAACACAAUUUUUUUUUUUUUUUUUUUUUUUGACAUCACUGCACCGAACUACGAGAGCAGCGGUGAGCGCACGCAUAUUUUGGAUCGCUCUUUCCGGCGGUCGACGCCGUGCUGCGAACGCCGACGCGGCGGCUUCGCGAGACGCUCUGGCGUCACUCCAAGGCCGCGCGCACCUCCGCUUUCACUCUCUCUGCGCGUCGGCGACGUCGUCGUCAAGAGCGGCGUCGUCGUCUAAAACGUUCCCAGGCGCAUCCAGCGUUGGCGGAAACUGGAACGCAGUCGGUGAAAGCGCGAAGACACAACAAGCGGACGACGCGCGAAGGCCAUGGACACGGAAGAAGCCGAAGCACCACCGCGGGCAGCUCGUUAUGGAGCGAGCACCUGUGUGAUGCACGGCCUCCGAAAACCAAUGCGGCGCGCGCUGCCGGAUCUUUGAGGCCGUAUGUGAUCCGUUGGGUUUCCUACAAUGAUUACUAGAGUGAAAGAUCUGGAGCUGUGAUGGUUAAGCUGACAUGGGAAUGAUGAUCAGAGAUCGCUGGGAGAGGCCUUCGCCCUACGGUGUGGACAUAAAAGUAGGGUGACGGUGAAGAUGAUGUUAGUGCAUGGAUUUGCUUCAUCUUCGUGCUUGCGGCUCCAGAACGUUCUUGAUGACGUUCUUCAUUUCGCGUUAUUCUUCUCAAUUUCCAAGCCAUCGUAUUGUUUUUCUAAACGCGCCAAUGCGAUAAGUUUCUGCGCGCACGCGUUGAAAUUGCCAAUUGUAUAUGACAAAAUUUCUGCAAAUCCCUGAACUGCGCUCAUUCUUCACAUGUCUGGCUGCACUGCCACGCUUGCAGCUGCAGUAGACACUCGCGCCGGAGUUCCCUCUAGUAAUUAUUGUCGAAAACUCUAUGCUGUGAUCAUGGCUACCGAGAUUCGGGCGGCGCGCGCUCUCUGCGCGCGCCGCCCGAAUCUCAGAAGCCAUGCUGUGAUCGAUGCACUCUAUAGUUUCCUUUUCAAGCUACGACUACUGGGAGAACAGUUUCGAAAUAUUUGCUGGAUUAUUACAUUCAGCGAACGCGGGCUCCAAAGGCGCGUCUGACAACACCCUACGUCAAUGGGCCUUCGGGCCAGAGCUGGUGUAAUCUCGGCCCUAUCACAUUAUUCGCUUUCUCCUGCUCCCCUACAGUUAUUAUUCUUAUUUGCUUUCAAUAAAGACGCCUGUGCCACAUUUGCAUUAUCCUCGAGAAAGCCUUUGCAAGACAAAGCAGCGGCUAGUGGUUUACAUCAAAUGCUGCGCAGCAUUCGAUGAUAGUGUUCUACAUCAAAAGCUGCAACAGCAUUCGAUGGCCUGUAAAUCAGGAAGCCCCGCAGUCCCGAGAAAAGACAAAAGCUUCCAUCACCGAAAAGCGAAUGCCGAGCAGUGGUGCUACUGCGUAAAGGAAAACUGCCAUCGACAUACGCGACUGCAGUCCGAAACUACAGAGGAGAGAGGGGCAGCAUUUCGUAACGAUCC